ACGAGAUCCAGAUCCUGGCACGGCCAUUCACUCACUCUGUUAUAGGAAAGUUCAACCGGAUGCCCAAAAUACAAGAAAUAAGGAUUUCAACUGCAUAUGGGUCAAGCAGCAAUGGUUUAUUUCAAAGCAGAAAAUGAGGGUAUUCAAAUGGUCCCCAGACUUUGAAGGGGAAAAGGAGUCGGCAAUGAUCUCGGUUUGGAUUUCUUUCUCGAACUUAAAGGCACAUUUGUAUGAGAAGUCAGCUUUAUUGUUGAUAGCAAAGAUAGUUGGGAAGCCGUUGUAUGUAGAUGAAGCUACGGCAAAUGGGUCCCGACCAAGUGUGGCCAGAGUGUGUAUUGAAUAUGACUGCAGGCAGCCGCUCGUGGAGGAGGUUUGGAUUGUUAUCCGAAACAGAGAAACGGGGGCCGUUACAGGUGGUUAUUCUCAGAGAGUAGAUUUUUCAAGAUUAUCGGAUUAUUGUAAUCAUUGCUUUCAUGUGGGGCAUAAGGAAUCGGAAUGCUUGGUUUUGGGUAACCGGUCAUCUAAUAAAAAAUCUAGUGAAAAAAAUGCUACGGACUCAAUAAAACAGCUGAACGGGAUGUUUGGUCAUGUAGACCACAAAACUAUAGAGGAGCGACUGAAGGGGACUGAAGGAAGGGCUACGGUCAUCGGAGAAAAAAGAAAAAAUCUGGGCGAUGAGGUACCAGCCAAACAAAGUCAACGUUGGUAGGAGGUUGGGACACAUGUGCGGCCGGUUAUGGAAGGAAAUAAUAAGGCAGAAAAGUUUUUACUAGCUAAGGAAGCUGAUCGGGAUCCAGACUUGAGCCGAUAUGCAGUUUUGGAAUCCUUGGAGGAACCCGAACAAUUGAAUCGAGUAAAACAGGGGCAAACAGGGGAGGAGAAUAGUGUCGAGGAUCGACCGCACGUUUCUCAGCAUCCUUCAGGUAAGAGGCAGCCCAGAUCGGACCUUUCGUUUUCUAUAAAAGACGGCAAAAGUGGCGGCCAGCGGGGAGGAACAACUUCAGACGAACCUGCAGCAGCGACGCAACAUACAAUGCGGUCCAGAGGGCAGAAACUAGUCCACAAGUUAGUCCAGGUAAAUGACAGCAAUACACUGCUGGCCACAGACAGAUAGCAAGAAGAAGGUGUGGGCAGCCACCGUGAAGCAGUAGAUGAGGAGACGAUGUGCGCAGACGACCGGGACGGUGAAUAAGAGUUACCGAAGGGAGUCAGGAUGGUGACAGCACGUCCAGCAAAGUCAAAUCUCGGGGAGGACAUAGUGCAUGUUUCCUUUCACGUGCAUGGAGUGCAUGCGCAAGAGAGAAAUACCGAAAAAGAUACAGAGUUUACCGGCCCAAACACCAAAAGAGAAAAAGAGCCUACCGAGGCAGCAGCAACAGCAGAAGCAGGCAAGAUAGACGUACGUCAUUCCAACGUAAAUGACUAGUGGGACCUAGCAAACAGUGGCUCGAACAUAAGGGAAAAGGACUUGACAGCAACCGCAGAGGAGGAUGAGACUUUGGUGCCUAAACCAAUGCAGGAGGGAGAGGGUAAAAUUUCAAAAAAUUAUUUUACUAAGUAGUCAACUCAAGCAGAAUUUUUAUUGAAGGGGAUUGACAAGCAGAUGGCAGAGAAACCUUUGGCCAUUGUGCCAAGGGCUACUGAAAUGGACGGCUGAAGCAAAAAGGUCAAAAGUAAAAAUAAAAAAAAAGUCAACAAAAGCGUGCUAACGGGAUGGUAGACACUUGUCUGCAUGAGGGGAGCGAACAAUGCCCAGAAAAUGAAUUUCUUGACUAUGAGCCCUUGGCCACGGUACCGGCUCCUGUUGAAGUUGAUGGCUCAAUGGCACCAGCAGCGGGAAGGUUAGUCACAACGACUUUUUCACAAGGGGAAGGACAGAAAACAUUAGAAAGGUCAGAACGUGGCAGUUGACAUGGCUGAAGGUAGUGGAGAAUACAGCCCAUUAGUGGGACCGGGUGCAUGUCAGACAAGGAGUGCAAAUUGACAUAUUUGGGUUUUUUCCAUCAGAUGCAUGCUCACAUGACAGAAUGGAAGACAAUGUUGAUAAUUCUCCAAACUUGGAGUCCGCCUCAAGCAAGUGCAUGCACAAUAAAAAAUUAAGUGAUAUUCCUUUUGUCCCCUCCUUUUUCGGAACAAAUUACACAAAAAUAGAAGUUCAUCCUCGGGUACGACGUCAAAGACAUUUAGACACUGAAAGUUUCAAUUGACAAAAUAUUCAAUUUAGUUUCAGAUAAAGUCGUAGACAUGAGAGAAAAUGAUGAGGCCUCGGAUAAAGAUGUCGUAUCGGUGAACUUUGCAGCUAGUUGGGAACGCGAGAGGUAUUUCUAGCACUCUAAUCUAGAGAAGAAUCAAGAAAUUGCAGGUGUUGUAAAAAUAAAAAUUUUAGUCGUUUUAUUAUCUCAAUGUAAUAGUAGGGAAUAUCUGUUUUACAUUAGCAUCAAAAGUUAUGCACGUAAAAUAAAUUUCCUUACUCUAGGCGUAUCUCUGAAAUUUUCUUAUGUUCAUGUAACAUAGAGGCACGAAUUAGAUCCCCUCUUUUGCACUUUUUAUUUCGUAUUUAAUAAAUUUAAUAGGGUAGCUUGGCCUU